UACAGUUUUCAAUUUAAUUUUAAUAAUUCACGAAAUUCAAUUAAAUAAUUGAAAAAUGAUUAUUUACAUUACACAAUUAGCAGUUCCAGUUUAAUUACUUGCCUGUCGUAAUUGCGCUUCAACUGAAAAUUUCGAAGAACGAUACCUUAUAGCUUACAACUAAAAACAUGGCUACGGACAAAGUAACGCUAACGGAUGCAUUGUCAAAUGUAGAUGUACUUGAUGAGCUUACUCUGCCUGAUGAACAACCAUGUAUAGAAGCACAGCCAUGUUCAAUUCUUUAUCAGGCAGACUUCGAUACAAAUUUUGAAGAUCGAAACGGAUUCGUUACAGGAAUAGCAAAAUAUAUUGAAGAAGCUACUGUUCAUGCUAGUCUUAAUGAAUUGUUGGAGGAAGGUCAAGUGCAUGCAGUUAUGCUUUAUACAUGGCGUUGUUGUUCUAGAGCAAUUCCACAGCCAAAAUCAAAUGAGCAACCUAAUCGAGCAGAGAUUUAUGAAAAAACCGUUGAGGUCUUAGGACCAGAAGUUAAUAAAUUAUUACAGUUUAUGCAUUUUCAGAGGAAAGCUAUUGAACGAUUUUGUGGAGAGGUUAAACGCUUGUGUCAUGCUGAAAAACGAAAGGAUUUUGUAUCUGAAGCAUACUUAUUAACCCUUGGAAAAUUUAUCAAUAUGUUUGCUGUUCUUGAUGAAUUAAAAAAUAUGAAAUCUAGUGUGAAAAAUGAUUAUUCAAGCUACCGCCGAGCUGCACAAUUUUUAAAAGUGAUGGCUGAUUCUCAUACAUUACAAGAAUCCCAAAAUUUAUCCAUGUUUUUAGCUACACAAAAUAAAAUUAGAGAUACCGUUAAAGAAAACUUAGAAAAAAUUCCUGCUUAUGAAGAUCUUUUGUCUGAUGUUGUCAAUUUAUGUGUCCAAAUGUUUGAAUCUAAAAUGUACCUUACUCCAUCGGAAAAACAUAUGCUUGUUAAGGUCAUGGGUUUUGGAUUGUUUCUUAUGGACAAUGAAUUGUGUAAUAUUAACAAAUUAGAUCAGAAGAAAAAACUUAAUUUGGGAAAAAUUGACAGAAUUUUUAAGAAUCUGGAAGUUGUACCCUUAUUUGGAGAUAUGCAAAUAGCACCGUUUAAUUAUAUAAAACGAUCUAAACAUUUUGAGCCUGGGCGUUGGCCGUUAUCCAGUUCUCCACAAAUUAGUCCACAAGCUGACCUCAUGGUUCAUUUACCUCAAAUCAGAGAAGAUCAUGUGAAGUAUAUUAGUGAAUUGGCUCGAUACAGUAACGAAGUAACAACAACUUAUAAAGAAACUAGAACUGAUACCGAAAACAAAGAUACAGCUGAAUUAGCAUUACGAGGCUUACAAUUAUUAUCUGAAUGGACUAGUGUUGUCACUGAACUUUAUUCUUGGAAAUUACUUCACCCUACUGAUCACCAUCAAAACAAAGAAUGUCCUGUUGAAGCUGAAGAAUAUGAAAGAGCUACGCGAUAUAAUUAUACAGAUGAAGAAAAAUUUGCUCUCAUUGAAGUGAUAGCAAUGAUAAAAGGAUUACAAGUUCUCAUGGCUCGAAUGGAAACUGUUUUUACUGACACUAUUCGUCGUAAUAUCUAUGCUGAGUUACAAGAUUUUGUUCAAUUAACAUUAAGAGAACCGUUGAGAAAGGCUAUUAAAAACAAAAAAGAUCUCAUCAGAAGUAUACUCGUUUCAGUUCGAGAAACAUGCGCUGAUUGGCAGAGAGGUGUAGAACCUUCAGCAGAUCCAGCUUUAAAAGGGAAAAAGGAUCCAGAUGUUGGGUUUGGAAUUAAAGUACCUCGAAGGAAUGUUGGACCAUCAUCUACUCAACUUUACAUGGUUAGAACAAUGUUAGAAUCAUUAAUUGCAGAUAAAUCUGGUGGUAAACGUACUUUAAGAAAAGAUAUUGAUGGACAAUACUUAAUGCAAAUUGAUCAAUUUCAUAAGACUUCAUUUUUCUGGAGUUAUCUUCUUGGAUUCAGUCAAUCCUUACAACAGUGUUGUGAUCUUUCACAAUUAUGGUACCGAGAGUUUUAUUUGGAAAUGACAAUGGCAAGACGUAUUCAAAAAUGUACUGUCAAACAUCAGCACAAUGAAGAAUGCAGUGAUUUAAUUACAAUGGAAAAAAGAAUUCAGUUUCCUAUAGAAAUGUCAAUGCCUUGGAUCUUGACUGAUCAUAUUUUGAAAACAAAAGAACCGUCUAUGAUGGAAUAUGUACUGUAUCCAUUAGAUUUAUACAAUGAUAGUGCUCAUUAUGCUUUAACUGUAUUCCGCAAACAGUUUCUUUAUGAUGAAGUUGAGGCUGAAGUUAAUUUGUGUUUUGAUCAAUUUGUCUACAAAUUAAGUGAACAAAUUUUUGCCCACUAUAAACAAUUAGCUUCAAGUAUAUUAUUAGACAAGAGAUUCCGCGUUGAAUGUGUGGCAAUGGGAACAUACCUUAUUUUAUAUCCAAGAGCAAAUAGAUAUGAAACUUUGUUGAAACAACGGCAUGUGCAAUUAUUAGGACGUAGUGUAGAUUUAAAUAAACUUAUCACUCAACGAGUUAAUGCAGAUAUGUUAAAGUCUCUGGAAUUAGCUAUUGCCAAAUUUGAGGGUGGUGAUAUUACUGGUAUUGUGGAGUUGGAAGGUAUUAUGCAAGUGAAUAGAUUAUGCCAUAAAUUAUUAAAUAAACUUUUAGCUUUGGAUGAAUUUGAUGCUAUGUUCCGUGAAGCUAACCACAAUGUACUAGCUCCAUAUGGUCGUAUCACUCUUCAUGUGUUUUGGGAAUUGAAUUAUGAUUUCUUACCUAACUAUUGUUAUAAUGCUGCUACUAAUCGUUUUGUCAAAUGUCGAGGUAUUAGCUUUACACAACCUGUACAAAGAGAUAAACCCCCUCAAAUGGGACACCAAUAUUUGUGGGGUAGCAAACAAUUGAAUCUUGCAUAUACUACAAUUUAUGGACAGUACACUGGAUUUGUUGGGGCUCCGCAUUUUCGUACCAUGUGCAAAAUGUUAGGCUAUCAAGGAAUUGCUGUUGUUAUGGAAGAGUUGUUAAAAAUAGUCAAGUCAUUGAUUCAAGGGAAUCUUUUACAAUUUGCAAAAACAUUGAUGGAAGCAAUGCCCAGACAGUGCAAAUUGCCGCGAUAUGAUUAUGGAUCGCCUGGUGUCUUAGGCUACUACCAUGCUCAACUCAAUGAUAUAGUACAAUAUCCUGAUGCAAAAACUGAAUUGUUUCAUAAUUUCCGAGAAUUAGGCAAUACAAUUCUGUUUUGCUUAUUAAUGGAACAAGCAUUGUCUCAAGAAGAAGUGUGUGAUCUUCUACAUGCUGCACCAUUCCAAAACAUAUUACCGAGACCUUUCACUAAGGAAGGGGAAAAGACCGAAAGUAAACAAAAAAGAUUAGAAGCAAAGUAUGCAGCAUUGCAAAUUGUUCCUAAUAUUGAGCGUUUUGGAACAGCUAAACAAGUUGCAAUAGCUCGUGAUGGAGACCUAUUAACACGUGAACGUUUAUGUUGUGGUUUAUCAAUAUUUGAAGUAGUGCUAUCAAGACUUCGUGGUAUGUUAGAUGAUCCUGUAUGGGUUGGUCCACCGCCGCAGAAUGGUGUAAUGAACAUAGAUGAGUGUACAGAAUUUCAUAGAUUAUGGUCAGCUCUGCAAUUCGUAUACUGUAUACCGGUUGGUGAUACAGAAUUUACUGUUGAAGAACUUUUUGGUGAAGGUCUUCAUUGGGCUGGCUGCACUAUGAUUGUUCUUCUUGGCCAGCAAAGAAGAUUUGAAGCGCUUGAUUUUUGUUAUCAUAUACUUCGGGUCCAGAGAGUAGACAGCAAAGAUGAUAAUGUCAAAGGAAUUCACUUAAAGCGCAUGGUUGAUAGAAUACGUCGUUUUCAAGUACUAAAUUCACAGAUAUUUGCCACGCUGAACAAAUAUUUAAAAGCUAACGAUACUGAUGCCAGUGCAGUAGAACAUGUAAGGUGCUUUCCUCCACCUGUACAUCCAUCUCACCCUUCAUCUCACUAUUAUCGACCUGAUCAAACUGGGUCACGAUAAACUCUUGACUCCUGUUUAACACAUUUUAAAUUCAUAUAUUAUAUGCCAAUACUAAUGGUCUACCUAAAAAUGAUGUUAAUUUAUUUUAUAUUUAUAAUUAUUGAAUUUUAACUAAGAAUUUUAAUUUAAUUUUUAAUAUUAGAAUAACAUUACAAUGUAGUAAUACCCACAUUUUGUUUAUGAUCAAUUAGAAAUAUACUUUAGCAAUAAUUUUAUGUACAAUAAUUAAUUCAAUAUAAUUUUAGUUAUUAUAUUUAUUUAAUCAUCAA